AUGGAUGACAGCGACUGGUUGCUGUUUCUCUCACUUCUCACCCCUGCACCCCUUGACUUCCUAACAGCAGGCACAACAGCCGUCUCAUCCAUGUCAGGAUACCUCCUCCGUCCUCUCCCACUGGUGGCUGGACCCUGGGUACAACAGGAGUCUCAACCAGGUCAGGAUAUCUCCCCCUCUCUCUCCCACUGGUGGCUGGACCCUGGGUGCUAUGCCACGGACGAGAGCGACUGGGUGGCGGUUGAAGCAAUUCACAGUGGUGCAGAGGACUUUGCGGUGGUAGGGGAAGGGGAGGGGGUGAGUAGGGAGGCUGGGUAUGAUUUGGAAAGGCAGCACGGGAAGGAGAAGGAGUUGCUGCAGCAGCAACAGCUUCAAGAGUCCUCGCUCCCACUAACACCCCAGCCUGCAGCAGCCUCUGGACUCGCACCGAGCACACAGGAGGGCACAGCAAAGCAGCAGGUAGAACAGUCGGGAAAGCAAGCAGGAAGUAAGAAUGAUGCGCAUGAGCAUGGGCUCGCAGGGGUAGAUGAUUUGGAUGAGCUGCUGGGAGGGCAGGCAGGGAGCAGCAGCGGUGCAUCCAGAGCAGAGAAUCUGCAGACGAAGCAGCAAGCAGAAGCAGGGACAGCAGCCCCUGUGAACGUGCACGAGCAUGGCAAUGUGCGUGGUUUUGCAGGGGAAGAUGAUCUGGAUGAGCUGUUAGGAGGGCAGGCAGGGAGCAGCAGCGGUGCAAUUGCAAUGAAGGAAGAGGUGAAGACAGCAGGUGGUUUGGGUGUUGCCAAUGCAGGUGCUGCACAGGUGAAGCCGGAACUGAAGCCAGCAGCAGCGCCACAGACACCCGCACUGGAUGAUUUUGAUGAGCUGCUAGGAGGGCAGGCAGGAAGCAUCAGCAGAAUCACAAGUGCAAACAGGGGAGAGAGGAAGGCAGCAGGUGGUUCGGGUGUGGCUAAAGUAGGUGCUGCACAGGUGCAGCCUGAACUGAAGGCAGCAGCUGCACCACCGGCACUAGAUGAUUUUGACGAAUGGUUCGAUUCUGUUACGUAG